CUGGCAUAAGAAAUACAACUACCAAUAAGAUGUUGUCUUUUUAUUUAAAAGAGCGCAAAUCAAAAAAACGUAUCUAAGCUUUAUUUGGACAGAUUACUCUUUGGCUUGUGAAUUAUGGAAACUGUCCAAACAGAUGGCAACAACGACAACAACGACAACCAAGUGAUGAAACUCAGAAUGGGCAGUUCAUUUGGCGAGUUCACACGACGCAAAAACUGGUCACAGAGCAUACUAGACGCCAUUCGAGAUGUUGUUCACGUACUAUCUUCUGAUCUUCGCAUCCUUUACUGUUCUGAUGCCUCGAGUGAAAUUUUAGGAUACAAGCCUGGCGAGAUAGUUGGUCACCUUUUCACUGAAUUUAUUCAUGUGGACGAUGUUGAUAAUUUUGUUCGUAAUUUCCGAUUGACACAUGAAAAGAUGAAAAUAUUCAGAAUAUGUUAUAGAUUUCUUCGCAAGGAUGGCAAAUAUGCUACUCUAGAAACUCGAGGCCAGUUCUAUAAGACGUCAUUUUUCGGAAAUGCGCGACGUAUACCAACUGAGGCUUCACAGUCGAUUGAUAGUAUCCUUGACUUAAAAAUGGAGAAUGAAAUGCUAAAAAGAAAGCUGGCAGUCCUUAAAAGGCAACGGCAAUGGAAGAAAUCCUCUAGUGAAGAAAAAGAUUUGUCUAAUGCACAAUCAUUGGCAGAUGAUAAAAGUGGUGAAGACUAUUCGAAUGAUGAGAUAGAUAUGCCUGCUCAAUCAUCACUUGUCUAUGCUCAAGGUGUUAGCCCUUAUCAUAAUAUCUCAGAUAGCUUGUCUUUGUUUACUGGAUUACGAUAUGACCUGGGUGAGCGAUCGAUGGGCAUUUCGAUGGGACUGUGUAGCGGUGAUCUAACAAACGUUAACGAGUCACCAACAAGUAUUCCAUUUGUUGAGAAUGCAGAAAUGCAAGAAGAGAAUGAUGAGUCCAGAUUAAAAAAGCAAAAACGAAUGUGUAAUCGAUCAGAAGGAAUAAGGGCAUGCACCGAUUGUGGCACGACUGAAUCGCCCGAAUGGAGAAAAGGUCCACUAGGACCAAAGACUCUAUGUAAUGCCUGUGGCUUAAGAUGGUCCAAGAGAAAGAAACAAGAGCAUCAGGAAUAAAAUUUUAUUUAUUAACUAUUUAGAAUUCUUUUUUUUGCAUAAAAAAUAAGCCAAGCAUGUUUUUCGGCAAUGGCAUCAGAAUAUACCAUCUGUUUUUGAUAUCCCUUUUUAACCCUAAUUUCCUUUUCUGCAUGAAUCAAAAUAAAAAUUUGUUG